CUUAAGGCCUUUGGCUAAGAUGCCUAGAGCAUUAAAGCCAUGAAACUCUCAUUUACUUCGGUAAAAUCUCAGAGGGAUUCUGAGUUUCUCUCUUAAAUCUUCUGAUAAUGGUUUAUGUUUAUGUUGAAUUUACUGAGAGCUGUGUAUACCUCUGAGAACCAAACGUGACUCAGUAUUUGCUCCUAAUGGGAUGACUUGGCACCUUUUCUCUAAAAUUAUCUUUGUAAGCUGUUUUUACUCUUUGAGCCAAGAGGAUUUGAACCAUCUUCCUGCUGACUUCUUUGAGGGAUCUCUGAUCUAUUGCUCUAAAUACCUCCGCCCUAUCUGCUGGUUUUUUGUUUUGUUUUGUUUUUCUUAUCCUGGUUGCAUUUAACAGAAACUGUGAAACUACUUGCUUUCAUGGGAAGAACAGUUCAUGUGCAGAAAUGAAAGUUUGUGUUAGAACAAAUAUCAGCUUGGCUUCUUUCUUAGUGGACCUAAAAGCAACUAUGGUUAACUGGGGUGAAGGACUCUGGGCUGUAAUUGACAUGGCAGGGGGAGGAAACCAAGCAAAGUAUCAGAUAUAUCUAGAGAUAGGGCAUAUGUUCACACAGGCUGUUAUGCCAAAGGACGUAUCUAUUAAUCUGAAAUGACCAGCUUUUGAAAGACUCGGAGAUGAUUCUGUGUUCAAGCCCUUCCUUUGCCAAAUUGGUUGAAUUUCAGUGCCAUCUGUGUGAUUUGUAUUCUGUGAACUUGGAAACCGGGAACUACCAUACUCAUUUUAUAGAGGCCAUGAAGGGAAGAUGUUUUUCCAUAUAUUAGAAACCUUCUGUUAGAUAGCCCACUGCCUUCUAGCCUCAGAAAGUAAUUUAAAAUAUGAGUCACUGAAAUUGAAGUUUCUGGUUUGAAUUAAAACUCCUUGGGCAAUGACUCUUCUGAUUCUGCUGGCAUUUUUUCUGAUCUCUGUUUUUUAUGUCUCAUGGCCAAGCUGUUACUAGGCAGUUUUUAGCGGAACAUUGUGAUCGUACUUGGUCAUUUUGUCAGAAUUUUGUGAACGCAAAUGAUACAAAUGAAUUGCACGAUACUUGCAGAUUGAGGGAACUGGGAAAAACAUAAUUUCUACUUUACUUGCUGUGCACGUGUUCAACAGCCUUGGGUAUUUAAGAGAGAUCAAAACUCUAGUAUAAUUGCUUUGCUUUUUAUUGUUUUUUUCCCAGUUCUUCCCAGGCAGAGAAACCCACUGGUAGUUAGGAGGACUUGUGAGGAUGGGUCAUUAUGUUUUUAUGGUCUAGCUCUGCCACUAGAGCAGCGUUCCAAGAAGAAAAAAAAAGGUAGUUACUAAGCAUUUGGAGAAUCUAGAAAUGGGGACAGAACAUCUGGUGAUCGCUCUCUAUACUUUCAAGUCGGGCCUGCACAUAGCAUAAGAGCAACCACCUGUGAGAUAGCAUCUAGUGGGCAAAUAUAAUUGUUGUUUCUAAUUCUGUUUAAAAAAAAGAAAAAAAAGAAAAAGAAAAAAGAAAAAAAUCCAUUUUUUAGCUUCACGUGUUUAUGACUAAUAUGGCUGGUGUUGACACUGAACUGACUUUUAGGAUUUAAAGAUUCUUUUUCUCGACGCCUCCUCUUUUAAAUUACCAGGGAAUGGAAGCUUUCAUUUCAUAUUCUUUCCUAAAGAUGAACAAAGGAUUGAAGGGUCAUCUCAGCAUCCACAGGGAAGCAGCCUGAUGUCAUUUCUGUGCUAUUAAUUCUUUGUCCUGUUUGUUUUCUCAUAAGAAACAAACAAACAAAAGCUUUGCCAAGCCAGUUGUUGACUUAAUUCUCUGCCACUUCAGAGCAGUGGAACCUCACUACUACAAUCCCUUUGCUUUGCAACAAAGUUAUGUGUAUUAUUAAUUUACUAAUGUGGAAAUGCAGUUGAAAUUGUUUUUCUUCUUAGUCAGAUAUCUUAAGUCUGAAACACCUCAUCAUUUUUAACAAAUUGAUUUUUGCAUUUUUAUUUCCAUCUCUGUUGAAGUGAAGGCUGCUCACAGUAGCCAUAGGUAAGAUUACCUUGCCUUUUGCCAGUGUGACAUGUAAAGCAGGUUUAGAUUACAACUGAAUCUCAUUCUGGAUUUUAGAUAAGGCCCUACUUGUCCUCAGGAGUAAGAAAGUCGAGGGAAAGAGGUUUUGAAAACUAUCGUUUUCUUUCCAUUUACUGAGGUGCCUUUUAUGCUUCUUAAAGAUAUGAGCACAUUUGAUAACCUUUGGGCUCGGAAGCUCUCCGUCCAUCUAAAGCACAAGCCUGGAAGAGUUGCUGUAUCUCCAGAGCUCUGCUUGGAGGAUGAAGCAGUGUUAGGAGAAACCCAUAUAAAUCCUUUCUGUGCGCUCUGCUGAAAGACUGUUAAUUGGUACCAGUCAUCAUACUUACCACGGGAGUGGGGGAAGCAGAGGAGGAAGACUGUGACAGAAGUGUGUGUAUCAUACAUAUGCUGUCGCUGAAACAAACCACUAAUUAACUUUGCUGACAGCUUCUGUAGAUGUGAGUUAAUAAAGUUGUAAUUAUCCCUGGACUGAACUGUUUUGUUGGUCUCACUGGUCUUUUGUGCUGCAGUUUUGAUCAUCAAAUAAUGAUCAGAGCUCAUUAGCGCAGGCGUCCAGGUAGCGUAACAUGCUUUCAUUUGAGGAGUGCCACAGUGAGAGCCUCUGAACCCCACUCCCUGCUACGUACUGCCAUGUCAACCUCAGAAGAGAGAUAUUAGAAUUUAGAAAAAGAAAUUAUAAAAAUCUUCCUCUAGGAAUAUAGCCCACGGGUGGAAGAGAGGAAAGGAGUAGUGCUCUUCCACCUGUCCUCUGAAAACCUCUUCACCCAGGACUGCUAGCUUGGCACCCCUACCAUUAGGAAAUUUGCACCCUAUUUGUUUUCUCUGGAGUGAGUGACAACAGUUCUGCUAAACAGGAGACUAGAAGUGCAGGUCUCCUACAGCGAGGCCAUUGCUCAGGAAAAUCUCCAGUCGCGUUUUUUGCUCUUUCCCAUCUGCUAUUGAUCCAUGUUGUAGUAGAAGGCAGCAAAUCAAGUCUGCACAGAGACAGGCCUAGAUAAGCCAAAAUAGUCUUUUGUUCCUGUUUUUUGUGGUAUUUCCCAAGGACAUUUUUAUUCACCAAGUCAUUAAAUGGGGCUGAAAGAGUAUUCAGUGUUGGUUUUGUAUCUACUACCAUUGUGAAGAGCAGAAUAACGGACAAGAAUGGUGUUUGGGUCUUAUUCAUUUGAGUUGGCGACAUGCUGUAGCUGUUGAAUCAGGAUUGUACUACCUAUGCACCUACUUAAUUUGUGGCACAAAACUAACUCUAAUAAAAGACCAAGUCUGACACAGUUACCUCUGAAUCACAAGUUAUGCUGUAUUGUUUGGUAAGUGCAAGAGUAGGAAGAAAAGAAAUAAUUGCAAUAUAACUUUUAUAGCAGCAAUUGCCACAGAGUAAAUCUAGGUGUAACUACAGCAAAUCCUUAUUAUUCAGGGUUAUGCUGUAUUUCAGUGAUUCAGAUUGCUGAUGUUUUCUAAACAGCAAUUUUUAAAUUGAUUUUUAUUUUUUGUGCUGAUGGAUGCUUGAAUGACUUAAUCAUUUGUUAACAUUAUUAAUGCUAAUAAUAUAGGACUAUAUUACAAUCAGUAUGAAAAAAUCCUUCACUUUAAUCUUUUAGAGCUAAUGUAGAAGUCAGUGAAUGCUGAGAACCAGUUAGGUAUGAAUGGAGAGACUAGGGUAGGAUCUAGAUUUCGUAAUUUGAACAGUAGUGUUGAAACUGUGACAACAUUGAUACUUCUAGCAUUUUGAAAGCUAUGCACUGUUAGGCCUGUUUUUGCUGUUAUCAGAGGAUCUACCAGUUUUCGUAAGUCAGUUAAUUCCUUGAAAGGCCUAAGGAUGGAAGAGGAUGUUUCUGUGUUUCAGUUCUUGGAGAUCUUGUUGCCGCCUCCAGGCCAUGUAUGCUCUUUGAAGAAGCAAAGGGAAGCUGACACUGAGUAUGGCUGUGAAUGAAUGCAGAGCAUUCAUCCUUGCUCUGAAGAGUCUAGUGACCCAAUUUGUGUAAAGAUCUCCUGAAAGGCCCCGAUGUCCCUCAUUAUAUUGGAUGGUAUACUUAUUAUUCAUAUCCAAGUUUCUGUAAUAUCGUCAGCAGCUAUUAAUAGUCAUGAUGAAGAAAGAGCCAAUAAUAAGACACAGAUUCAAGAUGUAGAAGUCUCCCACUGUACAGCUAUCGUGGGGACCUGCCCUGGGAGUCACUAGCUGUCCUCAUUUUCCAAUGAUCUCAGCUGGGAGGUGUCCAGUGCCUCUCAUUGGAAUCUAGUAGUAGAAGAAUGGCUGCAUCUUUUGUUAUGAUCUUCCCCCCAUCUCUGUCUGUGCCUAGCAGCAGCAGGGUUUCCCAUGGGUGUAGUAACACAGAAGCCUUCAUGAGAGAAACAAAUCCUCGUUGCAGUUUCCAGGACACAACACAAAGUUUGAAGUUAGGUCAGUGCUGCACAGAGUGGGAGAUCACAGCUGUGUUUAUACAUUGUUUUGAAAAAACAUUGUAUGGUGUUGGUUGUGUUGUUUUGGUUUUCUUCUAACCUAUUUGACCUGAUGUUUUUUCUAGAACAUUUUAGAAUUUGAAGAAGAAAUGCAUUUAUUUAGAAAUGAAAUUGUAAAACUUCUCUAAGUAUUGCUUGCCAUGGAAGUUCUGCCAACUUGUCAUCAAAUAGGAUUUAGCUAGGUAUGUGUCUGUUUAGCUGGUGGUGCUAAAUAAUAUCAGGACAGGGUUAUGGCAGAACAAUUGGCAGUAACUUUGUCCAAGUUCACCUCCUGUUCUCUGCCAGCAGGAGUUGCUCCUAUGCAUGUGAAGACUGAAUAUAAUUACCCUCUAGUAACGUCUCUAAGAAAAAUCUUACCACUAUCAUGACUGAGAAGAGAGCUUGCAUUAGUGCACAGGCAGUGAGUGUGAUUAAGUGUAUUCAUAACCACUUCUGUUUGGACUACAUGCAGACAAGUCCUAUUGCCUGGCUUUACCCUAAAAUGUUUGGCCACAUAUUUUGGGUGGGUGGGAGGUGGAAGGCAGGUCAGUUGAAUACAUAUUCUGACACCUUUGUCUUUUAUACCUUUUGGCAUCUGGGGAGCUUCCUAACUUCUCUGCAUAUUGCACAGAGGGUGGAAGACCGUGGUUUACAGCUUUUUCGUGUGACUGUUCUCACUGCAUACAUCAGCCAGCAGGAGAUGCUGUAAUCCAUAAUGUGGUUUGCCUGCCUCCAUCUUUUCAGAAACCAAGCCUAUUAAAUUGGAACAAAGCCUUGCUCAGUUGGAGAAUUAGGAAUCUCAAAAGCCAUGUGUUUCACUAUCCUAUUUGGCAGACUCAGACUGAAUAAUCUUUAUUGUGGUACAAUAGAAGAUUUUAAUUGCGCUCCUGUCAUUUACCACUUGCCCCCCCAUUCCUCCCCGCUGCUGGUGUUGACUUCUCCCAGUUAGAACGGUAGUGUUAAUAGUUUUGAUUGUUCAAAAAUGCUACUAUAAUGUAAUUUGAGUUACCAUACCCUUUGCUAAAGGGUUCUCAUUGGUUUUUUUCUCCUAAACAAUCUCUGAAGCAAGUUUCACUGUACUUUCAUGCAUUGUCCUUCUGCAGCUGGUUUUCUGAAAUGCUCAGAGGUUACUGGACCAGUGAUGUCCUCCAUUCGUUAGUAAUACAGUCUACACUAAAGAGUAGGGAUUCUCCCCAGGCCAUCUCACCCUUGCCAAAACACAAAACGUGGUAGACACUCACUUUCCUGUGGGUAGGAGAGUCUGCAAGAGAUUUAGAAAGAAAUGCUGUAAUGUAAAUGAUAUGAAGUAACGUAACAGAGCUUCAUUCUGCUACAUACACCUACAAUGAGGAGUACAUGAGUGCAGUUGUAAUGUGGUUAAAAUUCAUUAUUCUCAUCAGUGAGAGAAACAGUUCGCCGUGAGGAAAUGUAUCUGGCUUACAGAUGCAAACGUCAGCAAUGUGCUUUGCAAAAUUAUUUAGCUAAAACCUGGAAACAGUUAACAUCUAGGAAUUUGCCUAAGCAGCUAUUCUAGUAUCAUGACAGACCUCCAGGGAGAAUUAAAUUUUUGUGCUCUCAUUACUUAUGACAAAUAUUUCCCACUAAUUUCAGCAAGCAGUGUCGUCACUAGCUAACGUGUAAUAAUAUAUCUUUCACCAAAGUAGCUGUUGGACUCUCCUUUGAUUUCCUUGUAAGUAAACCACAGACCAAACUCAGACACGGACUUGUGUUCCAUUCAGUUUACCUGGGGAGCCUGACACUAUGUGUUUUUGACUUAUGUAGUCCUUGCAAUUCGUGCUCUUCAGUUAAUUUUGUUAAGUGGCAGAAAUCUUUUUUACCUCUUGCAAUUUCCAUAAAAAUUUUGGGGACCUUUUUUUUUCAGAACAUGAUGCAGAUUAUCACAUCAGAAUUUCACACACCUUUCUAUCAACAGCCUCUCUAAGGAUUAGAGGUUUUUGUAACUUUCCUAGUGAAACAUAAAACCUUCUAAACUCAAGUUGAAAGCCCAAAACUUAGAUCAGUUGCACUCGUGGCCAUGAACUUUAAGAGAAUCUGGGAUACGUUUCAAGGAAGUCGCUGUCAUGUUUCACUUGAUGUGGGCCGCUAUGUUAUUGAAAUUGGAGAACACCAGUUGGUUUUAUCCAAAGCUUAGAAUUUUCUGAGGGAUUUUACAUUGGAGUUUUGGGGCUGAAGUAAUUCAAGGGCAAGAACCCAGCUACAGCAUGCCAGAAUGUAGCUUACAUGACUUCUACAGAACAGAGAAGCUGCACAGUUGUUAGUACAGAGACGGAGAAAAUUGAAUGAUAUUUGGCUAGAUGGCUCCUUAAAAUUAGCCAGUCAUCAAAGGAAGUAGAUAUUUAGACUUGCUAUAAUUUUACCGUGUGAUUAAUCUGGUGUAAUCCCAGAUUAACUGGCCAUUGAAGGCAUUGUUCUGAGUAUGAGGAAUCUUCUCUUGGUUUUAAAAAGGGUGCUUUUGCAGUGUGCCUUUGCUAGUGCUUCCCGUCACUGGAUAGCCCUGCUCCUAAUUAGCAGAGAUUUUGGCCUGUGUUUUCUUGUGUUCUAGGAAGAGUUGCCCAAAUUCUGUUCUGAGGUCUGGGAUUAGGUAUGCUUGACUGUAAUUUACUUGAGCAUCUCAGAAUCUGUUUCUUAGGAAGGGAGACUUGAGCCCAGCCUAGGAGGAGCAGUUGGAACUCAUGCUACAGUCCUUCAGAAAGCCACGACGUGGCUAAUUCUAGACCAGUCUGAGAUUUCUGAAUUAAACAUCAUUUGCUUUUCCAAUUCUUAGCAAUGUUCUUUUUUAUAGCACUGCAAACCGAGGGAAAAAAAGUAUUUAAUUUUGCUAAUUUAAAAAACAUGAAAGCAGGUUUAUUUUUCUGUCAAAUUAGCCCCUUAUAAAGGGAAAUUGUCAGGGGGGCUUUUAGUGAAAAGAAUUUAAAAGGGAAAAUCUAAAGAGCCCGGUAAGCGGCUCAAGUUAUAUUUCCGACAGACACAGCCUCCACUCUCGUGGUCGCGUUUGAGGGUCAGUCAUCGUCCUGGCUUUGCAGAGAUUCUCUGUAUUUUUUUUCUUUAACUGAAAUUCCAUAGACAGUAAUUAAGGAACUGGAGGCCAGCAAGAGGUCAGCAAGCCUUCGUCAGUGAAAACAGGGAUUGUUUGCCAUGUACAACACUCCCUUUUUCCUUGUGGUGAAUAGAAGAUUUGCUUAGAGCUGAUGACUUAUGCCUUUCUUGCAAGUUAUGCAGCUCGCGAGUAACCGGGGGAAUCAAUCAGUGAGGAGAAAACAGCUAAUUGAGUCCAGCAUCACGCUUUUUUCCUUCUUUACAUACUCAGCGCUGAAAUCAGAGCCAGUUUGGUGUCUGAUAAUGUAACUCCAGAGAAGAGGCAUUUUGUGCACGGGAUUCUGAGCGAAUGCAAUACUCAAGAAGAGGAGUCUAAUCCUAAAUUUCAGGGUUAAGAAGCUGACAGCAUUUGAGCACUCAGGGAAUUACUCGAAACUGAGCUCUAGGCCUAUAAAUGCCGAAGCUGUCAAGAGAACAAUCCGAUGAUGAAACAGAGGAGUCGGUGAAGUUUAAGAGAUUGCACAAGCUGGUAAAUUCUACUCGCAGAGUCAGGAAGAAACUCAUAAGGGUGGAAGAAAUGAAAAAACCCAGUACAGAAGGCGUAGAGGAGCAGUCGCUUGACAACUCUGCUAUACUGGAUGACAGAUCGGCACUUUACUCUGGAGUUCACAAGAAGCAAUUCUACUUUGAUGGUUCCUCCGAGAAGCAGACAGAGGAUGACUCGGACUCACUUACUACUUCUCCCUCAUCUAGUAGUCUUGAUACAUGGGGAGCUAGCCGGAAACUGGUGAAGACCUUCAGCAAAACUGAUAGCCGUGGCCUUAUCAAGCCUCCCAAGAAACUUGGGACAUUUUUUUCUUACCCAGAAGAUGAGAAGACCCAGAAAGUUUGCCGCUCCUUGACAGAUGGGGAGAUGAAGAAGAGCCUCGGCUCACUGAGCCAUGGGGUAAGUACAGAAAGCAUUUGCUUUUAUGACAGCAACAGGCACAAGCACCAUCUUCUGGUGUCCCUGGAGGAGAUUCAGAGUGUAAGGAAGCAGAUCCGAUUGAAGAAAAUGGAUACUAACUAUUCCUGUUCCAGAGCUUUUCUUUGCCAGCGCCCUGCUAGGAAAGGAGCAUCCGCCACAACUUGCGACCUACAAUUACUGCGGCACAAAGUGAAAGGGGGUGGAGGUUGUGGCUUCCCAAACAGAAGGCUACGAGGGCGCACUUCUGUCAGCGAGUUCAAUAUUACCUAUGUGGUGGAGAGGAGCCUGUACAGUCACCUCAACCUCUCACAGCUGGUGCGUCCCGUUACUGACAGGACCCUGAGCAAAGCUGACAAGCAGGACCUGAGGAGAUGCCUGCUAGAGGAGGAUGAGGAGGCCAAGAGGAAGUGGGCUGCCACAGUGGAUCGUUGUACUAAAAGGGUUCUCUUGAGAAUCCACCAAAAGUCUAGAACCUGCAGCUUUGGAGGAUUUGACUUGACAAAUCGUUCCCUUCAUAUUGGAAACAAUUCUGACCAAAUGGGCAAAGAAGGUGACUUUGUUUAUAAAGAAGUAAUCAAAUCACCCUCUGCCUCCCGUAUAUCUCUGGGCAAAAAGGUGAAAUCUGUGAAAGAAACCAUGAAGAAAAGGAUGUCUAAAAAAUACAGCAGCUCUCUGUCUGAGCAGGAGUCGAGCCCUGGAGUCAUACCGGGUUCUCCGCAGUCGCCGCCGCCAGACACUGACUCUCUGGACAAGCCCAAGCUGAAAGCUGGUGGUUCAGUUGAGAGCCUGAGGAGUUCCUUAAGUGGUCAGAGCUCAAUGAGUGGUCAGACAGUGAGUACAACAGAUUCCUCAACCAGCAACAGGGAGAGCGUGAAAUCAGAAGAUGGGGAUGAUGAAGAACCUCCCUACAGAGGACCCUUCUGUGGAAGAGCCAGGGUUCACACUGAUUUUACUCCAAGUCCUUAUGAUACAGACUCUCUGAAGCUCAAGAAAGGUGAUAUCAUUGACAUCAUCAGCAAACCCCCCAUGGGCACUUGGAUGGGCCUAUUGAACAACAAAGUUGGCACUUUCAAAUUUAUCUAUGUGGAUGUGUUAAAUGAAGAGGAAGAGAAGCCGAAGCGACCCACCAGGAGACGCCGAAAAAGCAGACCACCCCAACCCAAGUCAGUUGAGGAUCUCUUGGAUCGCAUCAACUUAAAGGAGCACAUGCCCACUUUUCUGUUCAAUGGUUAUGAAGAUCUGGAUACCUUUAAGCUUUUAGAAGAAGAGGAUUUGGAUGAACUGAACAUCCGAGAUCCUGAGCACAGAGCUGUUCUCCUCACAGCCGUGGAACAUCUACAGGAGUAUGAUAGUAACAGCGACCAGUCAGGAUCUCAGGAGAAACUUCUCAUUGAAGGUCAAGGCCUAGCUGGAUGCUCUCCUCGGGAUUCUGGCUGCUAUGAAAGCAGUGAAAACCUGGAGAAUGGUAAAACCCGAAGGACCUGUCUUCUGCCCUCAAAAUCAUCAAGUGAGCAUAGCUUUAAAGACUUCAGCAGACACCAGCUAUCAAAUUAUCCCACACUCCCACUGACCAAGUCAAUAGAAACUCUACAGCAAGGAGAAAAAGAAAGCCGGUUGAGCUGUGCACAUCGUGCUCUGAAGAGCUCUGUCAAGACCCCAGCUGUUAUGGGUCUGAAGAAGAACCGUAGAAGUUUACCAGUUGCUGUCUGUCGGAGCUAUGAAACUCUGGAUGGCCCCCAGAGUGUGGAUGUAUGGCCAAGAUCUCACUCCCUGGACGAUCUCCAGGGAGAUUCCGAUACUAAUCUACAAGAUGGUAGCAAGAAAGAUUAUUUUGCUCAGGAUUCACUGGAUACAGCGAAAAAGGCAACUGGAUCUGCCCUGCCACCUCAGUCGUGUGGGGGCAGUUGUAUGGUCGAUAACUUGAUGCCUAAGCAGGGUAAAGCAGCUGCUGGUUCUCAGAAGGGUAGAGGUAAGGAGUUGGAGUGCUCUGUAAUGGAGAGUGCAGUUGGGAAACCUUUUCCAUUCCCCAUGAAACACUGUGAAGCUCAGGCUGCCUUGGUGACACAUUCUGCAACAAGGACACCUCUGGAAAUACAGAGUAAGGGCUUUCAUGACCUUGCACGGGCUGACUAUGCUCCAGUCCUCAAGGGAGGUCUAGAAGCUGAGCAAAAAGGCACAAAUGAGACAAGAAUGCAACCAAAAAAUCCCUCUCAGCCGCCACCUGUUCCUGCCAAAAAAUGCCGAGAACGCCUUACUAAUGGAUUAUAUCAUCCUCCCAUGACCCCCAGUGGGAACAACUCAAGUCAAGAAGCACCGUGUUUGCCAGUAAAAAAGACCAGUGCAUCCAAUCCCACUGAUUUUCAUGGAGUACCUGUCCAUAGGACAUCUGAACAGGAGCCCAGUACCCCUCCUAGCUCACUGCCACCCUGGCUGUUGGAGCAACCAGAGACUAAAAGCGUUCAGCAGCACGUGAUAAAGCUAGGGCCUGCUUCAGCAAGGAAAGUCUCUUGUAGCAGGGGAAUGGAUCUGGAAAUGGUAAUAGAAAACAAGUUGCAGUCUGAAGGUAUUGAUCUUACUGAAGAACCAUACUCAGACAAGCAUGGUCGCUGUGGCAUUCCUGAGGCUUUGGUACAGAGGUACUCCGAAGACUUAGACCAGCCUGAAAAGGAUGUUGCUGCAAACAUGGACCAAAUCCGGGUAAAGCAGCUGAGGAAGCAGCAUCGCAUGGCAAUUCCAAGUGGAGGGCUCACUGAAAUUUGCCGAAAACCUGUAUCACCAGGACUUAUCACCUCCGUAUCUGACUGGCUGAUUUCCAUUGGCCUACCCAUGUAUUCCAGCCCACUCACAGAAGCAGGGUUCAACACACUGAGCAAAGUGCCUUCUCUGUCACAAACUUGCCUUCAGGAAGCUGGCAUCACAGAGGAAAGGCACAUAAGCAAGCUCCUGGCAGCAGCAAGACUCUUCAAACCUCUCGAUCCAGACGCAAUUUAACAUGCUCCAUAGCGUGACAUUGCCUAGUCAAGAACCCACUGCUUCUUCCUGCACCAGUUUUGCCCUAAUUACUUUACAUGACUAAAGGGAUCAAGGAAGUGGCUCCCAGUGACAGGCAGAUUGCUUCUUCAGAGGAUAUGAAAUGUUUCAAUUGCUGUCUUUGGCAACCGAAGGAGAAGAGAAGCAACCACCAGGUAACACAGAUGUGGUACUUCCCUCCCCCCUCACUCCCUUGUAAAGUAUUCCUGUUUCAUAAAGUGCAUAGGGCUGGCCUGAGAUCAGACAGCUUCAGAGAAUUAAGGGACCUUGCCUGCUUUUCCACAAGUUUGUGAAAAUGUUACUAAUAACAGGCCCUGUGUUUGUGGAGAAGUGCUUAGGUUGGGGGUUUUCUGUACAUCUAGAUACCUGGAGUCAGUCCUACAGACCAUGUACAAAUCAAGGUGCAAGUCCCAGUAGAAGCUAUUUGGCAAACGCCAUUUUUUUUUAGCGGUGUAGAGCUAAAUGCAUACCCCUCUUUCCUGGUCAUCUUUGCUGUUGCUUGAUGUAGGUCCCAAUACGCCUCAAAGCCUUUAGCUAGGCCAAAGUCAAUGGACUGAAGUUAAUUUACAGUAUGGUCCAUUUCUGUCACUCCAAUGCAAUUAACCCUAGGAGAGUCAGAAAGCUUCUUUUAAUUUGUACAGAACUGAGGUCAUUUUUAUAACUGCUUUUUAGCAAUCUGCUUUUUAUUUGCCUUAAAACAAGCUUUUAAGCAGUUACCUAAUGUUCACUUACCUGUACUCAUGCUUCCCAAGCCUUGUUUCAACAUGUCACUCAUAAGCUGCACUUAGGGUGAUAUUCAACUUAAGUAGCUUCUAUGAAUUGCCUCAUCAUGACAUCUUAUGUGUUGUAUAGAUGCUUUCACAAAUGCAGGGUUACGCUAGGUUUCGGUUGCGAGGCUAACUUCCUGUUCACUACAGUCUGCAUUUACUGUUGUUACUAAACAGUUCCAAAAUAUACUGCCUUGUAUAUAUGUAACUGCUUUUCAUUUUAAUCAUAUUCUGUGUACUGUGUUAUAUUGUCAAUCAUUCUGCUGCAGCUUUGACUUGGUAUCCUGACCUUAUCGAUUCCAAACAGCAGGUUUCUGCAAAUCAAAAAUCACUUGUGGGGGAUAAAAUGUAUCAAAAAGCAAAUUGUGUCCCAAAGAAAUCAUGAGAUCCUGUAAUUCCAUUGCCUGGACAAAAAAAAAAGUGAAAUCGUAUAUGGUCUUAUGAGUUACACUGUGAGUUUAGGACAGUUGGUAUCUUUCGUGUCUGAGUGUUAAUGUUAUCUCUCACUGGGAGAGAGCGUUGUGCUGGCAGAUGUGGUGAGCCAUUUUUUCACUAUAUUUUUCUGCCUAAAAUCCUUGUGAAAUGUUCCAUUCACGUAUGCGGCUAACGACAGAUUUUAUUUUUAUAUAUGGGUACACAUUUAUAUACCAAAUACAGAUUAUCACGAAGAACAUACUGCUAGGUUUUUUUUAAUUUGGGAUCUCUGUACGGUUUAUCCUUUAGCUUCUUGUAGCAUAAGCGCUCCAUGGAAGGCAGAGCAAGCUUUACUCUGGCAGGCAAAGAGAGGUACAGCAAUGUGGGCACAGGCCGGGAAGUGAAACUGCUUCCAGUAUCAGUUCUGACGUCAGCUUACUGUACGGACCCAGACAAGUCACUUCACAGUCUGCUGCCUCCGUUAUCUCACGCUUGUACUGAGCUAAGAGCACAGAUGCUUUUCCUGAUCAAAUGCUAUCAGAUCGAUGAGCGGAGAGUUUUGCUUGUUACAUCACUCCUUACUAUGUACGAUACUUACAUGGCCACGUUUUAAGUCAGAUGAACUACAGGUUUUACAACAGGUGGCAAUUAAUUUGGCUCCUGUGAUAGGCUCAUUUCCUAGUUUCAGAGUUGUUGAGUGCUUACAGCAUCAGCUUUGAACUCUGUCUGCAUCCAGAAGCACACUGUCAUGUGAAGGCAGCGAACUCACUGCUGUCAGUUGGAGUUGUUCUCAAACAAAACUCUUCCAAAUCUUUUUUUUUUUUAAUAAUGUUCUGCUAGUGCAUAAAUCAGUUGUUCUAAUAUGACAGCAUCAGGAAACAUAUCGCAUAGAUGCUUUGCACCACUGCUGGAAAUCUAAGGAAAAUGUGGAAAUACCUCGUCUUGUUAAUAAUAAUGAUUUGUCACUUCCUCUCCAAGGUUUACAUGGUAGCUAUCAGUAAGCAGGAGAUGAAAGUACUGAGACUUCCUGGGAGUACUGAGACAGGUUAGUUUUACCCUACAGAUGAUGUGUUGUUGCGUUAGUACUGGCAGGGACCAGAGCUGAGUGAAAGCAAGUACACAACAGCCUUCCUUGGAGCAAAGGAGAAGUCCAGGCUGACUGUGUGCAGUAAGAAGGGAAACAUUUCUUCUUCCAGGAAAGGCAAGUCACAUAAUAAAGCUCUCCCAUAUUAAUUACUCCCACUCAGUUAAUAACAGGAGAAAUACGGGAAUAAGCCAAACCCACGUGCCAAACGCUCUCUGUAACUCCGUGGAUUUUAAAUAACGACACGGCCCAGGGAAACCAAAUCCCACCCAUCCAGCACUGCAGUGAGCAGUCUGAGAUUUGUGAGUUCGAAAAGUUGCUUUGUUUUCCUUUUUAAGACUGCUCUCUGUGGUCCGACUUGGAUUGUAAUUUUCGUUUCUAUUUUAAUCUAAAAAAGCCUUAAGCUUUUCGGUGUUCGAGCUUCCCUGCUGUGGAUUCAGUGACCUGUGGCAUUCCCCACGCAGGUGAGGCGAUGUCGUAAAGAGCCAUGACCUCUUACAUUUCCCUGCAGCCGUUCGGUGCCGUAAGCAAAGGUUGGCUCUUUGACUCUUGGCAAGCACAAAAGAAACCUGCAGCUGGAAUCCUAACCUGCUCUGCUCAGGCUAAUGACGUUAUGCAUCUGUCCGUUGUACCAUUGUAACUCAGAUAGCUAUUUAACAGUAGGAAGCAGCAAGCCCAAAAUAUUACAGAAUGCCCUCAGAAAUGUAAACUUCCAUCAGUAACUCCGUUAGUCCCUGUGCUCUUUUUUAGGAGCCUGGCUUUGAGUGCAGACUGGGAGCAUGAUCAGAAACGUUCAACAUUGCAUUAUUCUAACAGGUCAUCAUCUCUAAGAGCAGCAAUAGUGGUCGAUUCACCAAGUCACAGCUGUGCAAUUGUACUGUAUUAUUUUUAGAAUAAAUAAUACUUUUGGUCCAAGAUACUUUUAUCUUUAAUUGACGCCCUUUGGGGAAUCGAAACUGUCAAACAAGUUAUGUAACAACUAACAAAGUUGCACUUUCUGUAUAUGAAAUCAAUAUUUAAAUAACUUAUUUUUCUCCAUUUGCUGUUCUUAUAUGAUGUAAAGUAGCUGUAAUAUACCAGUACUCAAUAUGUCCCGCAGUUUGCUUCAACCCAAGAAAGCUGUGUAUUGUAAAGAAAAAAAAAAAAAAAAAGAAAAGCAAAAUAUGAAUGUGUAAAGAUUAUUGUGCUGUUUCAUUUAGCAAAACAAAUGGUUGACAAAAGGGUUUUCCUGUGUAUCAAAACUUGUCUAUAAUUAUAUGUCAUACUGUUCAUAGAUAAAAAAAAAAUAAAUAAAUUUCUUUGGUCUCUCUUUUUA